AUGGCUAAAACUAUCCAAGAAACUACGUCAAACUUAGGUCAGGCCUACGAUUUAGUAAUUGCUGAUUUAGUUAGCAAUUUAAAAAAGAUGAAAGAAGGAAUAAUUAAACUAGGAAUCUUAGGAAACUUACACAAAAAGCAACGGAUCAUCAAAAUGAUGGACAAGCAACAAAUAGCACUAUUGGUAAUCGCCGUUGUUUGUGUAGGAGUAUGUGUUUACCGGUAUUAUGGAAAUCGCUUUGAUAAAGAUAAUAAUUAUCUAAAAGCUUUGCCUUCCAUUGCUGGUGGACUAUAUGCUUUAAACUUUAAUCAUCAACCGAAUGGUUUUCAACAAGCCAAUCAAUCGCAAACUAAUUUUCAAGGACAGCCUACUGCCCAAACUCAGCAACCACCUUCAAUCAUCAUGAAAUUAAUGACUUCUUGUUUACCAGUCUUACUGGAACAAUUUACUGGUCAAGCGAUGCCUCCGAUGGGUGGCAAUCAGCAGGUUGAAUUAGCUCUAUCCCAAGUGAUUAGUUUACAACAGCAAAUUAUAACUGGUCAGCAAAAAAUAGAUCAAAGAUUAACCCAGUUAGAGACUAGUGCUUCCCAGCAAUUUACCGGUUUAGCCCAAGAAGUUAAAAAUAUUAAGUCUAUCCGUUUAACUCAUGACCGCGAAAGAAAACAAAUUGAGUUUAAUGGUACGCAGCAAGAAAAUUAA